AUUGCGAGUGAGUUCUGGUGUUUCCCUUAGCCUUUUGAAGGGCAAGGCAUUGGGCGUGGUCUGUGGUAGUGUCUCACCGUGGACUCGUGGAGACCAGGCCUACUGGAGACGGAGAGGAGGGGAAGAAAAUGGACGAGGAUUUGGGGGCCUUCGACCCCACCAUACCGGAGGAGGGCCCGUCGGCGCCCCCUGCUGGCUGGCUGGAUGAUGUGCAGGGAUACCAGGGCCAUGGAGGGGCAGACCCAGCCCAUAACCCCCUGUACCCCCCCCCUCCGGCCUACAGCCCUCAGCCUGAGCUCAACAGGAGCACCUCGGUGCCUGAAGUCAGGGUGCCGGUGGUGUCUGAGGACGAGGCCCGGACCGCUCUGCUGCAGUUUGUGGAGAGCAAGUGGAACUACAGCACCAAGCCGGCGAGGAACAUGACCUUCAGGACCCUGCAACCCGUGGUGGUCUACAGGUACUGGCUGGAGACCUACACAGAGACCAGGACCAGUGCCUGGGCCUGCGAACCCUUCUCUGGGCAGACGGUGGACGGGCCCCAGUACGGGCUGAGCCCCCCUCCCUGGGAGGUCCCGGUGUGUCCCCCACAGAGAUACGAGGACCAGGUGCAGAUGACCCGGGUACCCCACUCCUCCUUCGUCAAGGUACCCCACAGACCAUAAUACUACUGCUAUACACAGCUAUAAUGUAUAAUACUACAAAACAUACCAUAAUACUAAUACUACAUAACACUACAGCUAUACAGACUAUAAUACUACAAUAUGUACCAUAAUACUAAUACCACAUAAUACUACUGCUAUACAGACUAUAAUACUACAAUAUGUACCAU